GGACUUCUCAGGAUGUGUCGCUAUAAAAGCCAAGCCAAGCCCCCUUGUGACAGUGCCUCAUAGACAGUGAUACAUUUCACUCUCACAUCUCUCUCUGUCUCUCUCGCUUUCCGUGCUCUUAAACUCUGCACAACUCAGAAGCCUGAGGACGAUAGUCUCAAGAAUUCUUCACCAUUUGGGGUUCUUGAGAGAUCAAUCAAGAGGAGUUUUUGCGAUUUGAAAUCAAAUUGAGAGGGGAAAGAUGCCGGAUUUGCGUAUGGAAUUGGUGUUUCUGAUACUACAGUUCCUUAACGAGGGGAGGUUCACAGGAGCCAUGCAUAGGCUCGAACAAGAAUCAGGGUGCUUUUUUAAUUUGAGGUACUUUGAGGAGUUAAUUUGGAAUGGACAGUGGGAUGAAGUCGAGAAGUACAUCUCAGGUUUCACAACAUUUAAUCAAAAUCGUUAUUCACUAAAAAUUAUGUUUGAAAUCGCUAAGCAGAAGUAUCUGGAAGCGCUUGAUAGGAAUGAUAAGGCUAAGGCUGCUGAAAUCUUAGUUAACGAUCUCCGAAAGUUUGCUGCAUAUAACGGAGAGAUUUAUAAAGAUCUUACGCAGCUCAUAACUCUGCGCAACUUUAGGGAGAAUGCGCAUCUGAGGCAGUACCGCGACACCUUUUCAGUUCGCCACAAAAUGAUUGUGGAGCUCAGAAAGGUCAUAAAAGCAAACCCCCUACUUAAGGAUAAGCUUAUGUUUCCCACCGUCAGGGCAUCAAGAUUGCAGAACAUGAUUAAUCAGAGUCUAAACUGGCAGCACCAGAAUUGCAAGGAUCCAGCUCAGUUUCCGGAAAUCAGAACUCUGUUCGCAGAUCAUCAGUGUCCACAACGUCAGACUGAUCCUGUUUCUCUAGCAAAUCCCCCAUUUUCUCCACUUGCAUCUCCUUCUCCUGCCCCCUUAGGGGAAGGAGCUAUUGUUCCCUAUCAAGCCCCUGACCAAGCAGCUGCAAGCCAAAAGCUUCCCGAAACUAGUGGUGCUCCAGGUCCUUCAAAUAGUUGCUUUACUGCCAUUGACAAAAUGGCUGAAGAACUGCAAUCAAAGUUGGAGGGUACACAAACUUCCAGACAGCUGCAAACUUCCUGGUUGGUGGAGAACUUGCCACGACACGUGGCUUAUAGCUUGCGUCAAGGAUCUACAGUCACAAGCAUGGAUUUUCAUCCUUAUCAGCAUACAUUGAUUCUAGUUGGUGCCAGCAAUGGUGAAUUUAGUCUCUGGGAACUCGGCAUGCGCCAGAGGGUGGCUUCAGAGCCAUUUAAGAUAUGGGAUACGGCACAUUCUUCAGAACUUCAGAGGACACUUGCCAAUGAAGACGUAUCUAUAUCUGUGACCCGUGUUACAUGGAGUCCACAUGGGAAGCUUUUCGGAGUUGCGUUUACUAAAAAUUUGAUUCGCUUGUAUGCUCAUUCUAGAGUUAAUGAUAUAUGCCGGUAUUUGGAGGUUAAUGCCCAUGAUGGUUGUGUAAAUGACUUGGUUUUUGAUUAUGUAAACGGAGAACUGUGUGUUAUCACAUGUGGAGAUGAUAGAAUGAUAAAGGUGUGGGAUAUAGCUGGAGAAAAGUUGUAUAACUUUGACGGUCAUGAAGCACCGGUCUAUUCAGUGUGUCCUCAUCAAAACAAGAACAUUCAGAAUAUAAUUUCAACUUCUACUGAUGGGAAGAUAAAGAUUUGGAUGUACAGCAAUGAGGGUCCUAAAUCUGGCUGUGAUGCUCCUGGAAACUGGUGUACGACAUUCAUUUCCAGUCUGGAUGGCAGCCGAAUGUUCUCUUGUGGAACAAGUAGAGAAGGAGACACUUUUCUUGUUCAAUGGAGACCAAACGAUGGAAUAGUUGAUGAAGGAGCAAAAACGAGAAUUUAUUCUGGGUUCAGUAACAAUUCUGAAGGGGUUUCCCAUUUUGAUAUUACGAAAAAUCAUUUUUUGGCUGUGGGUGAAGAUAGCCAGAUAAAGUAUUGGCAUAUGGACCAUGAAGAGAUUCUGGCUAGCACAUAUGGGGAAGAUCAACUGCCGAGUCGCCCUCGCCUGAGAUUUAACAAGGAAGGAAGUCUUCUGGCUGCCACAACGGUACAUGAGGGCUUUAUGGUACUUGUAAAUGGAAUUGGACGCUUAAGAAUUCAUGGAUACGCUGCAUCUUAUCCCAAAGUAGUGAGAGCUCCAACUGCAACAGCUGUAAAUAAGCCAACUGGCUCAUCUUCGUGUGCAAACGCCAAUGGGAAAUCUGGAAGGGGCUCUCCUGUUAAAUCAGUUACAUCUCAGAAUGAAGCUAAUAGCACAAGUAGAGGAACCAAGAAACAGAAAAUUGUGGAGGAGGUGGUCGAUAGAUCCAAAAGUUGGCAGUUGAUUGACAUUCGGGAUCCUGGAAAGUUUAGUUUGGGUGUUAUGCCUGAAACAGAUAGUUCCUGCAAGGUUGUUCGAGUCCUCUAUACGAAUGAAGGUACUGCCAUUUUGGCACUUGGAUCAAAUGGCUUACAACGGCUGUGGAGGUGGCCUAGCCUGACUAAGGCCAGUGCCAGUGUUGUUCCGCAGCUGGUGGUGGGAGAGGACAAUGCAUCAUUUAUGGCUAAUGAUGUCUCAGGUGUCAACCUUGACGCGGCGGUUCCCUGUGUAAAGAUCUCAAAGAAUGACUCUUAUGCUAUCUCAGCCUAUGGUGGAAGGAUCAAUUUAUUCAACAUUAUAAAAUUGACGGUAAUGACAACCCUCUUUGAACUUCCUCCUGCUCCAACUGAGAUUGCAUUCCAUCCUCGGGAUAAUAACAUCAUCGCCAUUGGAAUGCAGAAUUCCACUAUCUGUAUUUUCUGUAUUAGAACUAGUGAGAUUGGAGCAAUAUUAAAGUCUCACAGGAAGAGGAUAACUAGUCUAGUUUUCUCAUACUUUCUUGGUAUACUCGUUUCAGCUGAUGCUGAGGGUCAAAUUUGUGUGUGGAGCAUUGAUAAAUGGGAGAAGAAACAAUCUGCUGCCUUAUGCCUAGGCUUUGAAAAGACACCUGUUGGUGCUACUCAAUUGGAGUUCCAUUACAACCAAGUCCACUUAUUAGUAUCUCAUGAGAUGCAACUGGCAGUUUAUGAUGCCUCAAAGAUGAAUCUCCUCCGGCAGUGGCUUCCGCAUGGUAUCCUUUCUUCUCCCAUACGUCAUGCAGCGUACUCUUCCGGCAGUAAACUGAUUUAUACAGCCUUCUCUGAUGGUAACAUCGGAGUAUUUAAUUCCAAUAGCUUAAGUCUGAAAUGUCGAAUUGCUCCACCAGCAUACUUACCGGAAGCAGUUCUGAUGAGGACCGAUGAGUUGUAUCCUCUUUGCCUUGCAGCGAAUCCCCGAGUACUAAAUCAGUUUGCUGUUGGGUUGCCUAAUGGUACUGUUAAAGUCAUUGAGCCAUCAAACGAUGGCUGGGGAUCCGGCUCACCUCCUGAUGAUGAAGCUACUUCAGGAGCUACCAUCAACAACCGCUCGCGCAAACAAGUACAAGGAUGAGAGGAACCGUCAACUUCAUGGCAGAAGUCUUUCAGCUUUACUCCAUUGUUACAGAAUUUCAAGUCGCCUAGCUCCUUCGUUCAUUGUCGAACGAUAAU